CCUGAGUGCUUCUGCUCAUUCGUCGGAGAAAACUGUGUACAGGAUGAAUUGGCUCGUCCUAAGCGCUGUCUUAGGGCUCGGCUGUUUGUGCCAAGGCAUCGCUCGCGACGAGGCGAACGGACGCAUCAUCGCCGCCUUCUCCACCAAGACGGCCUUCACCUUCACCACGUCCACCACCACGGUGCCCUACACAUGCAUCUCCGGCGCCCUUCCCACCGCCGUUUGCACGAAGCGGCGGCUGAGACGCACGGUUCCCAUCGGCGACCUCAGGGCCGGGGCUGAUAUGGUACUGGAUAGUUCAAUGGACACGGACGACGCCAUAGAAACAGAACAAGAACGUGAAGCUCGAGUUGCACUGACGUUCUGGUCGACUUUGUCCUCGACUUUCACGAUCACCUCGACCUCCACUAACUCCGCCACCACAUUCUCCAUCUCCUUCUACUGCACAAUAGCGGGAGCUAACUAUCCCCCUGCUUGCGGUUAAGGACUCUGCCUGACACUGAGCUGCAGACAAUGGCCGUCUCUGAGAUAUUUGAUUUGGACAUCAGACUCUCUGGAAUUUUAUCAGCUGUGCUAUACGCUCUCUCUCUCUCUCUCUCUCUCUCUUUCUCUCUCUCUCUCUCUAU